AUGAACAACACUACUAUAGGAUCUAUUAGCACCAUGAACUAUAUUCAAAAUGUUCUCAUGCAAAUAUCGAUACCGUAUAUUAUUAUUGUUUCAUUAGUUGGUAUUGCUGGCAAUGUUAUAACAAUAUUUAUGUUAUCGAAACGUUCUCUGACGAAAAAUUUUAACAAUUGUACCUUAAUUGCACUGGCAAUAACUGAUCUUCUAUUUAAUUUAGCACUUGUAUCACGAUGUCUAAGCGAUUUAAUGGAACUGAAUUCAGACACAUUUUGUCGUUUAUUAUCAUUUCUUUCUCAUCUUGCUGAAUUAUUAUCGCCUUGUUUUACGGUUCAUUUUACAGUUCAACGUUUUAUUGCUGUUAGAUUUCCUUUAAGUGCAUUUAUUGAAAGAAAAAAUCAUUUUUUACAUUAUCUGAUCGUAAUAUUAUUUAUUCUGUUCGGCAUAUCUUAUUGUUUAGCGCUUACUAAGAUGAAUCUUUAUGAACAUUGUCAAGAAGAAUUAUAUUUAGAUUGGUUUUUAUCUGAUGCAUUAUCAUCAUUUGUCAUACCGUUUACUGUCAUUGCUGUGCUCAAUUUAUUAAUUAUAUUUCAGUUAAGAAAAGCUUGCCGAGAUAAUCCACAAAUAUCAUUUUCAAAACGAUCAAGAAGAGAUUUCCUAGCAUUAGAUACAAGAAGAAAAAGUACUGCUUCGUAUGAUUCAGCUUCUCAAUCAAAAUUAUCUGAUACAACAACAGCACCAAUUAUGAAAAAUACAAAAUAUCGAUUUUCAACUAAUGAAGAAAUAAAAGAUCAUCGCCUAAAUGUCGCCUAUGCACCACGUCAUACUCCUUCAAUACGUUCUACAACACGUUCUCAUGCUCAAUCACAUCGUGUUACGCGUAUGCUUAUUUUAGUCUCCACUUGUUUUUUAUUACUUAACGCCCCUUCACAUAUAUGUACAAUUACAUUAAAAAUUUAUACAUUACGGAAAUCUCAAUUGUUUAAUAGUACCGUUGAAAAUUAUCUACGUCAACUGAAUGCUUCUAAUGAUACUGCAUCAAUACUAGUUGAAAAUCCAGCUUUAAUUUUAAGAAUGGCCAUGCGUGUUGAAGAAAACAAAUCAGUUAUAAAUGUAAAUUUUUUUCAUAUACUUUACACUAUUGUUAUUAUAAGUCAGCAUAUAUCAUAUUUAUCAUAUUCGAUUAAUUUUUUUCUUUAUUCAUUUUGUGGAAUGAAAUUUCGUCAAGAACUUGUAAAAUAUUUAUCACGCUAA